AUGCAAAUUGAUCCAAAAUCACCUGAUACAUAUCUUGCCAAAUUUGAGCAAAUUCAUGAAGAGCAUAACAAAAUUCAAAGUGAUCUUGAAAAAUCUGAUGAAAAUUCAGGUGUAGAUACGCUUGCUUUCUUUGAAUCAAUCAAUCAGGCACAACUUGAUCUCACCAGAUCGCAAAAAAAUAUUCAUAUUGGAGUCAGAAAGGUUGAAGAAAAGUGGUCCAAUACCGAUACUAUCCCAGAAAGACAUAAGACAUAUAUUUCCGCUAUAGAAUUUUUCAAGCACACCGAAUCAACAAUCGGAAAGGUUUCUAAUCAAAUGGAUAAAAUUAUUGAUCAGAUCCUUACUCCCCCAGAAUAA